UUUGUGAUUGUGUUUAGGCCAGCAGAGAAGGCUUAGCUGGCCCUGACGGCCCACCACUGCUUUAUGGCCCCCAUAGACUGUGAGAGCAACACUAGCUGAGUUGGCUCCGUGAAGCCUGACACCCCAGCACUCAGACACAUGCUCUGCCUCUCCGUCCACAGCUAGUCUCCAGGAAAGGUCUGAGUCGGUCUCUGUUCACUGCCACCAAGAAGUGGUUCGGUGGAGGGAAAGUUCCAGAGAAGGGCAUCAGUGAACCAAAGAGCACAUGUGGCCUUUUAUAUCCCCCAGAAGCCCCUGAGCUGCAGAUCAGGAAGAUGGCCGACCUGUGCUUCCUGGUCCAGCACUACGAGCUCGCCUACAGCUGUUACCACACGGCCAAGAAAGACUUUCUGUCAGACCAGGCCAUGCUGUAUGCUGCAGGGGCACUGGAAAUGGCUGCAGUGUCCGCCUUUCUGCAGGCUGGAGCUCCCAGACCUUACCCAGCACACUACAUGGACACCGCCAUACAGACGUACAGAGACGUCUGCAAGAGCAUGGUGCUGGCUGAGCGCUGUGCAUUACUCAGUGCUGAGAUACUCAAGAGUCAGGUUAAAUACUCAGAGGCUGCAACUCUGCUCAUUAAGAUGACCAGCGAGGACUCUGACCUGCGCAGUGCUCUGCUGCUGGAACAGGCUGCCCACUGCUUUAUUAACAUGCGCAAUCCCAUGGUGCGCAAGUUUGCCUUCCACAUGAUCCUGGCCGGUCAUCGUUUCAGUAAAGCAGGACAGGUGAGCCUUUCAACCCCCACCCAUCUAAUGUCGUGGUCUAACCCAACACUGGUGCCCAGGUUUGUUCCUGUCAACGGGGUGGAUUUCCUCUCUGAGACAAAGUUCCAUCUUUAAUCUGUAUCACUUAUACUUAUUACUAUAAAUUAUAUAUAUUAUCAUUAUAUAUAUGAUAUCAUGUUUUAUUUUUAUUAUUGUUUAUGGAGUUCUUGAGUUAAUCACCGUGUGUCUUAUGCCGUAGUUACACUUGUAUUUUCAAUGUGACUUUUGUGAUGUGGUGCAGCAGAUGGUGUCAGCUGUGUCCUCAUAUGUGUCCACACUUAUCGGAUAUAAUUCUUUGUCUGUAAAGCGGUGGAUAAACACAUUGCAUUUCCUCUAAAUUCCCCUUUUAUUGGUGCUGCUUACCAGUCCUCUCUGCAGACUACUGUAAGUAGACUUGUUAUAUUGAAGAAUAGCUCCUCACAAAGCUCUGCUAAUUAGGUGAUAAACACAUUUAUUUUGCUAUACAUUCUUCACAAUAAAAGUCCCCUGUUAUUUAACGGCUUUUAAUUUUAAGCAGCAAAUCAGGAAAUGUAGUGUUUUCAUCAGCAAUACGUAAACAGAACUAAGAUAGCAGGUCUCCUGCUGUGCUCCAGUUUUCCUCCUCUUCCCUUUGAUAAAACAGAAGUAGUUGUUUUUGGUACCAAGGACGAACGAUUG